UUGUUGGAUAUCGACAGAGCAGCUGUAGCAUGUCCUUUUUCCAUAAAGAUGAUUUUAUAUUUAGGAAUCGUUUUUUCUUGUUUCAUCGCCAGUGCCAUUGCUCAAAAUAAUGAUGUUCCAGCAUACUUUUUUCCAUACGGAAGUUCACCUGAAUUUGAGGAUACUGAUCUGUUACCUAUGAAGGAUGAUUUCUCAAGAAUCGAAGACCUCACCAAUCCAUUUCACUUCGGAAGUAUGAGUUUUCCUAGGUUUGAGGUUACGGCCGAUGGUAUGGUAUUUUUCCGAGAAGCUGGAGACGGAUCAUCUCAACAAAAUCCAGCCCUUGGAGUAUUUGCAAGCGAUGUUAAUAACCUACUCUCAGGCAAUAUUUACUUCAGGAUAUCAGACCAAGGUACUGACGCAACAACAUGUGCUCAAGCUGAACAAGCAAUUCUAGAAGCUACCCCUGAGUUUAUUGGCCGGUCAUUGCUCACAAUAGUAGUCGUGACAUGGGAAGAUGUACUUGAAAAUUCGUGUAUCGUGUCAGCAAACUGUGCGAAAAAUACUUUCCAACUACUGAUCGGAACAGACGGCGGAUCCACGUAUGUCAUAUUUAAUUACGGGACUAUUGGCUGGACUCGAAAAUCAUCAGCUGGCAUAGGCUAUCUCGAAUCGAGCCAAUCACGGAGACUGUAUGCCCUAUUCGAUUCAUCCUCGUCUUUCAUCCUCUGGCGUGUCACUGACGGGAAUGACCCAACCGAUCUACUAUUAAAUUCUAACUAUGGAGUACCGGGAAGCUAUCUAUUCGAAGUAUCAAAUACAAUUCUUGAAAUAGGGAAAGUCGUCUGCGGAUCAACCAACCCCUGUCUAAAUGGAGGAUCAUGUAUGGACAGUAAGUGUUCUUGCGCUGGAGGUUUCCAUGGAAGAUUCUGUCAUUUGUUGGAUUCAACAGGCAAAGAUAGUUGUGCUGCCCACCCCUGCCUUAAUGGAGGAAGCUGUGAGGAUGGUUCUUGCUUAUGUCCGGCUGGGUUUUCCGGCAACCGUUGUCAAGAUAAGCUGACAUCUGUUGAGUGCGGAAGUGGUUCAAUGACUGUUACCAUUGAUAAACGUCUAGUCCCUGGUGAUGCUGGCGACGUUCAUUUCAUAAACCAAUCUUGUUUCGGAGUCGAAAGCUCAAAUUCUGAUGAGAUAACUCUGUCUACAAACUAUAGCGAGUGUGGCACCACCUUAAAGGAUAAUGUCUCUACAAUGACUUUUUCCAAUGUUAUCACCUAUGAAAAACCUGAAGCUGAAGAAGAUACAGAAAUCACUCGUGAAUAUCAAAUGCAACUUCAUGUGGAAUGUUGUUUGAACAAAUCAGAAACUGUUGAUGGGUCCUUCAAACCACACCUUGGUAAGGUUGCCUUCAGCGACAAGAGCACUGGUAACUUCGAUCUAAAUCUGGCAAGGUUCAAGACAGAGAAUAUUCAGGAAGUUGACUCUAGCUCUGUGUCGCUAGGCCAAGAGCUCUUCUUUGAAGUCAGUCUUAAAUCGGCAGAAACCGUUGGUAUGUUCAUAGAGAGCUGUUGGGCUACAACAACCGUGGACCCAGCGACAAAUCCACAUCACUCUCUGAUUUCCUCAAGAUGCCCGGAAGAUCCAACAACAUCCAUCAAUCAUAACCUUGAUUUGGAUCGAGAAAGUUUUUCCUUUAAGGCAUUUGCAUUCACUGGUGACAAUCAAAACACCCAGGUAUACGUUCACUGUUUAGUGAUGGUAUGCGGUGCGGAGGAGGCUCGGUUGAAUCGAGACAUGGGCUGCCCAUCAAACAACGGUGAAGCUGCAUUUUGGAACUCAUCACCGGUUCGCAAACGACGAUCUACGUCAUCCCUUUCCACUCAAACGAUCAGUAGUGGUCCGAUUCGUAUCAGUAACCCUACCAGUGACAUGGCAACUAAUGAUGUGUCUUUCUCCAACCCGUUUGCGAUGCUCAUCCUUGGUAUCAUCGCCGCAGUGGUUGCCAUGGUUAUUCUGAUGGGUGUGGUCAAGCUAGUUGGUAGCACAACCAACUUCAACUAUCAGCGUGUGUCGACCGAAACCAUUGAAGGGAUUUAACUCUCAACUGCUGGUGUUGCUAAUUGGCUCCAAAAAUAUACAUCAGAGCUUCAACUCGUCUGCAUGUUAAGAGUUCAGGUUGUUUAACGCUGUGUUUGUGAUUGCAUGAUCAAUAUCUGUAGUAACGAACAAGGGGAAUUCCUUCAAUUUGUUUAGAUUUAUCAAGAGGAGCUUUAUUUUUUUCCGAGUGAUAACAAUUCACCCGCAGAAAAACCAUAAUCAUAACAAUGAUAAUAAUGAUGAUAAUGACAAUGAGUAAUGUGAUUACCUAAUAUCUACAAUAUCACGUAUAAGCUAACAAAUGAUAUCGAAUUAUGUUAUCUAAAACAUAAUAUUGGAAUGUUUUAUUUUAGAGAUACCAUCAGAAUUGGAAUAAAAUGAAGUCACAAUAAUAUGUAUCCUUUAUAGUCUAUUAUUGAGUGGUUGUUUUUUUGUGUCAUCAAUCCUAUGUGACCUGUCAGCCCCAAAACGAACAAUAAGUUGCUUCAAAAUCAUAUAUAUGAAAACGCGAUAUCGAACUAUCAUGUUCACACAAUUAUUACUUGAAUAAAUGCAGAAGCGUGCCAAGAGCUUCAAACAUUUAAGAGGAAACAAUGUUUGAAUUUCGGGGUUCCUCAACCUGAAAUUGAACUCAAAUCAGUCCACAAAACUGUUGUCAAGAAACACCUGUACAGUGUAUCUUGAUUUUCUUUUUAUUUAACUUUACAACUUUAUAUUUUAUAAGUAUAAAGAAGAAUAAGCCUUUUUUCAGAUAAGCCUUUUUUCCACAUAAGCUUUUUUUUAAGACCAAGGGAACUAUUUGGGCGAUUAACAGGUAAUUUUACUUGCAUUGUUAGUUUUUGGGGUCACCUAUGAUUCAAUAAAAAAAAAAUCUUUACAGUCAAGAAUAUUCAAUAUUUUAGUCUUUCCAUACCUACUAACAUUCCGGCAAGCCUUGCUCAUAUCGGCAUAAUAUCAAAUCAAUGACAAAGGUAUUGUGUCUUUGGAAUAUUGGUAUAAACGUCAGAAUAAAUGACAGAAACUGCCAUUUGAUGUAC